GACAUGGCGGUUCUGGCCGGCAAUAGGGUAGAGCGAAAUCCCGGCCCACCCACGCAUGCACGCAUGAUCGCCAGGGGCCGUCGAAGCCUGCCAACCUGUCAUUGAUGCUUCGCUCACAAAGCGGUGAUAUAUUGGAAGAUUCCCAUGUCGAUAACAUGCAUACUUGGGAUGGACUGGAUGAGGUUCUGCGACACAGUUCGGCCUUUGCAUGUGACAUCCCUUGCUCCUGAAAGGCACGGGCUUAGUCAAGCCGCCCUAGCCGUCCUCAGCGCAACGGACGACGAUCGGACCUACAUCAUCAGCAACAUCUCCGCCGGGCUUGUUUCGUCGGCUGUAGGAGCGUAUCUCCAUUGUGUCUCCACUAUACGACGCUGAGGAUGAGGAUGAGUUGCGCACGGAAUGCCGCAAGAAGCUACUCAGAUGGGACGCGAAUUGCUUACCUCUUCCCCUCACAGCA